UAUUAGAUAAUGAUCAGAAUAACGAAAUGAAUAUUUAUGAAGCACAAGAUAAUGAUUACGAUAAUGAUUACGAUAAUAAAAUAAAUUAUAGAACACCAAAUAAUAGUCAGGAUAACGAAAUGAGUGAAGAAUCAAAUGGAGAUGCUUUAGAAACAUUUAAUCCUAAUAACGCUAUAGAAAAACAUGUUUUACGAGUAUUAAAAAUUCAUGAA